AUGUCGUCCAGCCCGCAGACCCAGGAGCCGAACCCGGAGCCGAACCAAGAGCCGAACCAAGAGCCGAACCAGGAGCCGAACCAGGAGCCGAACCAGGAGCCGAACCCGGAGCAGACAGAGGAGAAGGAUGCGGCGAAGGAGGAGGUGAAGGAGGAGGUGAAGGAGGAUAAGACCGAGGAGAAAACGGAGGAGAAAACGGAGGAGAAAACGGAGAAGAAGGAGGGGAAGAAAGAAGAGAAAAAGGAGGAGAAGAAAGAGUCCUGUAGAGAUUUCAUCUACAACCCGAGGACCGGAGAGUUCCUGGGCCGAACCGCCAGCAGCUGGGGUCUCAUCCUCCUCUUCUACUUCGUCUUCUACGGCUUUCUGGCAGGAAUGUUUUCGCUCACGAUGUGGGUGAUGUUACAGACACUCGAUGAAAACGUCCCCCGUCAUCAGGACCGGGUCUCUAGUCCAGGUUUAGUGGUUCGUCCUCAUGCAGUGGAGAUCUCCUACAACCGCACCGACCCAACAAACUACAAUCAGUACAUCCAGCAACUGCACGAACUCCUGCAGUAUUAUAAUGACAGCAUUCAGGAGCAGAACGACUUGUGUCUGGUUGGUGAAUACACCGAGCAGGAUGCUGAGCCCAUAAAGAAAGUCUGUCAGUUUAAACGCAGUACGUUGCGUCAGUGCUCUGGUCUGCCCGACACCAGCUUCGGGUACGAGGAGGGGAAGCCGUGCAUCAUUAUCAAGAUGAACCGGGUCAUUGGCCUGAAACCAGAAGGAGAUCCCUACAUCAACUGUACUGCCAAGAGAGACACUCCAUUACAGAUGCAAUACUUCCCACCUGACGGGCGUCUGGAUAAAAUGUUUUUUCCGUACUAUGGCAAGAAAGCUCAUCCAGACUACGUGCAGCCUCUGGUCGCAGUGAAGUUGUUGUUAAGAAAAGAAGACUACAACAUCGAGCAGACGGUGGAGUGUAAAGUUGAGGGUUCAAACCUGCGUAACAGUGAUGAUCGGGACAAGUAUCUGGGUCGUGUCACUUUCCGGGUCAGAGUGUCAGAGUAA